AUGGCAGAAAAUAACAAAAACAGGUCUAAUUUCGUUGCCCCUCUGACCAAAAUUUACAGAGAAAAAAUCAAAAAGAGCAAAGAUGUCAAACCAACCGUAAUUCAAGAAGAAGAAAAAUAGAUAUCAUAAUCAUAGUAGAACCAAUAACCAUCUUAAGUCACAAAUAGUCAACAAUAGAAAUAAUCAUUUAGCAGUAACAUAAGUGAUGCAACUAUAACCUCAAGCAUUAAGCAGGGUUUCAUUAAGAAAUAUGUGAAUGUAAUGAGUGGCUUCAAAAAGCGCUACUUUGUGCUGACUAACGAGCUGUUAAUCUAUUACAAAGAGAAAAAAGGGCAGGUUUCAGAAAAAGGAUAGAUAUCUCUAAAAUUAGCGAAGAUAGAUCCUCGAACUAUGAACGACAAAAAGAUGAAUAUCGGCACUGGUAUGAGUGAAAUUUUCCUUGAAUUCAAUACCAUCCAGGAGAAGAAGGAGUGGCUUGUUGCCAUAGAUGAAUGCAAGAAGAGGUUGAGCUUCAAUCAAUCACUACUUGGAGAUAUUAAUAACAACAAUGAGUAAUCUGAACUAGAGGAAACCAAGAAACAAAUUGAUGACUCGAUUAAAAGAAGGAUGAGCGCCUCAAGUGCUCCAUAAUCGUAACAAAAAAUUAAUGCCAAAGUAUCAUAGGGACUGGAUUUAGAAGUGAAGCAAGCUCUUAAUGCAGCACUCUAGGCAAAUAUAAUAAAAGAAGAUAGCGCGUUAUCAGUGCAUCUAGGGGACACAUGGGCUGCUCAUAUGGCUUUAGAAGAUGCAAUGAAUAAAUUUAAAUAAGAAUUAUAGUUACAGGGAGAUAAAUUACCUCAAAACCUGGUGAAUCUUGGAAUGAAAAUUGAAAAUGCAUCUAAUGAUCUCAAAUAAACAGUAACUAACUCUAUUUAGGUAAUUGAGAAGACAAAGCUUGAAAUCAUUAAGAUUUUGGAGGUAUAAGAUGAAAUGCUGAAAAAGUAGAGCACAGUAGUUGAUGAAAAGGGAUACCUUGGAGAGGAUUCAAGAUUCAUGAGCUUCUCACAAGAAUUCAAUGAUUUAAUAGAGCAUAAAAGAAACAUAAAAUCAGACAUAUUUGGCGCAGAAGAUAAUGAUCAAAAUAACGAGGCUAUCGAAUAGAUUCGCCACAGCAGGCUAAACAGACCAUCUUUACAGAAACUAACCAAAAUAGAUGAAAACGAAGAAGAUGAUUUCUUUGAUGCAGUUGGAGACCAAGAAACUCUCGAACAUGCUCAAUAAGAAAUUCAAAAAUGUGAGGAAGUGAAAUCUAGUUCUUCCAAGACUGAUGAAGAAUAAGAAUAUAGAACUAUAUUACCAGCCCUUAAACCACCUGAUCAAAAAGUGAGUGUCUGGAAGGUUAUAAAGGAUGCCAUCGGAAAGGAUAUCACCAGAUUCUGCGUUCCAGUUUAUUUUAACGAGCCGAUUUCUAUGCUGCAAAAGGUCAGUGAGAUAAUGGAGUAUGAAAGUUUACUAGUUAAAGCAUCAGAGGAACAAAAUCAGUUCAAAAGGUUAAUGUAUGUUGCAGCAUUUGGCGUGGUCUAAUAUAAAUGCUCUGAUAAGAGAUUGUGCAAACCUUUCAACCCAAUUUUGGGAGAAACUUUUGAACUAAAACGACCAAAUUAUUUGUUCUUCUCUGAGUAAGUUAGCCAUCAUCCACCUGUGAGUGCUUGCUUUGCUUACAGUGAUAGCUAUGAAUUUUGGAUGAACACUAGUAUGAAGACUAAUUUUUGGGGAAAAAGUCUGGAAAUUAAGCCAUUUGGCUACCAAAAUGUCAGACUCAAGACUACUUAGGAAAGAUUUACUAUUGAAAGACCAACAUCAAGCGUUAAUAACUUAAUCUUCGGAGAGAUGUAUGUUGAACACUCAGGCACAAUGACAGUGAGAAAUCUAUAAACACAAGACUACUGUGAAAUUGAAUUCAAGAAAAGAGGUUGGGGUGGCAAGAAUGCUUAUGAGGUAGAGGGCCACUGCUUUAAUAAAUACAAAGACAAGAUGUGGAAGAUAUCUGGGAAAUGGAUUGAGUCUUUAAUAGUUAAGGAUCUCUAUGCUCCAGAAGAAUUUGCCAUCUGGCAAGCUAAUCCUUUGCCUAAGAACUCUGACUCUAUGUACAAUUUUACUUACUUCACACUUCAACUAAACUACCUUCCACCUGGCUUGAAGGAAAGAUUGCCACCAUCUGACUCUAGAUUGAGACCAGAUCAAAGAGCUCUAGAGAAUGGUGACCUUAUCAAAGCUGCUAGUGAGAAGGCAAGACUAGAAGACAAGUAAAGGAAAAUGAGAAAAGAGAGAGAGUAACAAGGAGUUGAAUAUUAGUCAUAUUAUUUCGAAGAGUUCAUAGACCCUGAAACUCAAGAAAAAGGAUAUAAAUACAUCAGAGACUAUUGGUAAGACAGAGAAAAUAAGGAAUGGACUCAUAUCCAAGAGCUUUUCUGA